UUACAGUAUCUCGUCGGUGUCAGUGGUGAUUUUACAUAUGGUGUUAUUUGAAAGUAUAUAUGCACAUAUUUUUUCAAGUGCAUUGAUAUGCCUUAAAAUCAGAAAUAUACGUUUCUUUCAUAUGAUUCUCGUCACUUCAAUUCAACUGUGUGCACAUCGGUUUAUUUUACUAAUUCAAUUAUAACCUUUUGUUUGAUGCUAUAGAACAUAGGAGAGUUACUUGAAAUUACUGUACAUGCUUUUGCAUCAACAUGGUGUCAUUGGUAAAAGCAAGGGGUUUGCGUAUGACAGCACAAAAACAAGAGACACUCUUGAAAUUGACUGUACUCUCUUUAGCAGCAAUCUUGUCAUUUGCAACACGUUUGUUCUCAGUAUUAAGAUUUGAAAGCGUUAUUCAUGAAUUUGAUCCAUAUUUCAAUUAUCGCACAACAAAAUAUUUAGCUGAAAAUGGCUUCUACAGUUUUCAUAAUUGGUUUGAUGAUCGUGUUUGGUAUCCACUUGGUAGGAUAAUAGGAGGAACUAUAUAUCCUGGUUUAAUGAUAACUUCUGCAGCAUUGUACCGCCUGUCAUGGUUACUGAAUAUCACAUUAGAUAUACGCAAUAUCUGUGUCUUCCUUGCUCCAUUGUUUUCAAGUUUAACUACAAUCAUUACUUAUCUGCUUACCAAAGAAUUGAAGGAUUCUGCAUCAGGCCUAUUUGCAGCUGCAAUGAUCGCUAUUGUACCCGGUUACAUAUCUCGAUCGGUCGCCGGAUCAUACGACAAUGAAGGCAUAGCGAUCUUUUGCAUGUUAUUUACAUAUUACAUGUGGAUCAAAGCUGUAAAGACUGGAGCGAUAUGUUGGUCUACAUGUUCCGCACUGGCAUACUUUUACAUGGUAUCCUCGUGGGGAGGAUAUGUCUUUUUGAUCAAUUUGAUACCGUUACAUGUGCUGACUUUGAUGGUGACUGGCCGAUUUUCCCACAGAAUAUACAUUGCGUACAGUAUCUUGUAUUGCUUAGGCACAAUUCUAUCUAUGCAGAUAUCGUUUGUUGGCUUUCAACCCGUUCAAAGCUCCGAGCAUAUGCUUGCAUUGGGCGUUUUUGGCCUGUGCCAAAUACAUGCGUUAGUAGAUUACUUGCGGAGUAAGCUGUCGCAAAAGGAGUUUGAAGUAUUAUUCCGUGCUCUUGUUAUUGUAGUAGUUGCCACGUCGUGCACAGUUGGUGGUAUUUCAACCAUUACAGGAAAAAUAUCACCGUGGACCGGACGCUUUUACUCGCUGCUUGAUCCAUCUUACGCAAAAAAUCACAUUCCAAUAAUCGCUUCCGUUUCGGAACAUCAGCCAACAUCAUGGAGCUCCUUCUACUUUGAUCUGCAGAUACUUGUAUUUUUGUUCCCAUCAGGCUUAUAUUUCUGUUUUUCUAAGUUAACGGACUCGAACAUUUUCCUAAUUUUGUACGGAGUUACCAGUUUAUAUUUUGCAGGAGUGAUGGUACGUUUAAUGUUAGUACUCGCUCCUGUAAUGUGUAUUAUGGGUGGAAUCGGAGCAUCCUCUUUAUUAGUUACAUAUAUGAAGCAAGUUGAAGGUUCCAAAGUUACUGAUAAGAGAGCUAAGAAAUUCGAAAGUAACUAUGUCUUGAAGAGUGAGAUCGCCACAUUUUUCAUUAUAGUCAUGUGUAUACUCUUUUUUUCUUAUACUCUUCAUUGCACAUGGGUGACAGCGGAAGCUUACAGCUCACCUAGCAUUGUACUCUCUGCACGAUCGCCUGACGGUGGACGAAUGAUUUUCGAUGAUUUUAGGGAAGCAUAUUAUUGGCUACGUAUGAAUACACCCGAGAAUGCUAAAGUGAUGUCUUGGUGGGACUAUGGCUAUCAGAUAACUGCAAUGGCGAAUCGUACUAUCCUAGUAGACAAUAAUACAUGGAAUAAUACGCACAUAUCAAGAGUCGGUCAGGCGAUGGCAAGUUCUGAGGAGAAGGCUUACGAGAUAAUGAGAGAAUUGGAUGUAAACUACGUUCUCGUAAUUUUCGGUGGACUCACUGGAUAUUCAUCAGACGACAUAAAUAAGUUCCUAUGGAUGGUGCGUAUCGGCGGCAGUACGGAAAAAGGAAAAUCAAUAACCGAGUGGAAUUACUACAAUUCCGCAGGCGAAUUUCGAGUGGACAAAGAGGGAUCUCCAGUUUUGCUCAACUGUCUCAUGUACAAAAUGUGCUAUUACAGAUUCGGUCAGAUCUACACAGAAGGCGGCAAGCCGUCAGGUUACGACAGAGUCAGAAAUAUGGAGAUCGGAAAUAAAGACUUUGAACUAGAUACGUUGGAAGAAGCGUACACAACAGAACAUUGGCUCGUACGAAUUUACAAAGUAAAAGAUCUACGAAACAGAGGGGCUUAA